CGGUGCUUUCACAACGGUUGUUGCUACGAAUUUAAGUGGUACUUGGAGAUCGCUCAGUGAAAGCUAUAAUAAUUUCUUUUUUAUCAUUCUUUAAUUUGACAAGAUGACUGGCCGUGGAAAGGGAGGAAAAGGAUUGGGAAAAGGAGGUGCCAAACGGCACAGGAAGGUUCUUCGCGAUAACAUUCAAGGAAUUACUAAACCCGCGAUUCGUCGUUUGGCUCGGCGUGGUGGUGUCAAACGUAUAUCCGGAUUAAUUUACGAAGAAACCCGUGGUGUUUUGAAAGUCUUCCUUGAAAACGUUAUCCGCGAUGCAGUAACUUAUACUGAACAUGCUAAAAGAAAAACGGUCACGGCUAUGGACGUCGUUUAUGCAUUGAAACGACAAGGACGUACCCUUUAUGGUUUUGGUGGUUAAAUUUUUGCAAACUUUCGAAAAGGAAAAAGAAAGAAAACCAAAAAAAAAAGAAGCAAUUUUUGAUUUUAAUUACAUUCGAUUGCUAAAACAACAUUCUAUUGAACGAUUUGGUUGUUAUAUCGUCUUCUAAAGAUAACGAGUAAUGGCCCUUUUCAGGGCUCCUUCUCGUAAAUAACAGAUUUAGUUGUCCUUUUCAGGGCCCUAUCUAGUAAAUAACAAAUCCAAUUGCCCUUUUUAGGGCCCUUUCUCGUAAACAACAUCCAAUUGCCCUUUUCAAGGCCCUUUCUCGUAAAUAGCAAAUCCAAUUGCUCUUUUCAAGGCCCUUUCUCGUAAAUAGCAAAUCCAAUUGCUCUUUUCAAGGCCCUUUCUCGUAAAUAACAAAUCCAAUUGUCCUUUUUAGGGCCCUUUCUCCUAAAUAAAUCGAUGACCCUUUUUAGGGUUCUUCCCAAAAAUAACAAAUACAACGGCCCUUCUUAG